CAAGAGCUGUUUUGACAUCACCGAACUGUUUGCUGAACCCUCUGGACAACAUGACGGAAAUAACAGAAAUUGAUCCACAAAAUUCUGAGCAGCGACCGCCUGUGACCAGCAGCAGCGGAGGAUGUGGACUCCCCCAGACCAAGCUACAGCGUUUUCGACGUUCCAUCUCAUUAAAGACCAUCCUCCGGAGCAAGAGCGUUGAGAACUUCUUCCAGAAGCCAAACAAUGAGGCAAAGAUAUCUUCUGAUGUUCUUCUCGGACCACCAAUACCUCCCCCACCUCCCUCUCCUCCUCCUAUCCCUACUGAACCUCCACUUCAGCCUGAUCAGUCCCCACAUCAACAGCACAAGGCUUUAUCAGUGCUGCAGCCAGUCCGUACACACAGCUUCCAGGACCAUGUCUUCAAGAAGCAGUGUCCCUGCCAUCUAUGUCAUCAGAUCAUUGUCGGAAACUCCAAGCAGGGCUUGCGCUGUAAAAUGUGUAAGAUCGGGGUCCAUCUGUGGUGUUCAGAAGAAGUGUCACACCAGCAAUGUCUGGGAAAGACGUCCGCAUCUUUUCGUCGUAAUUUCAGCUCUCCUAUCCUUAUCCAAGAGCCUCUUUCCAGCCCCAAGGAGUCUCCUGCAACUGUUGCUCCUAGAGGUAGGGUUGACCCUGUAUAUGAGACAUUGCGAUAUGGAACAUCAUUAGCACAUCUGAAUCGUUCAACAUGUAGCAGCGUAUCAGAGUCCCCCACACGCAGCCUGAGUGAGAAAGAGGAAAGAGCAGAGGACCCAGAGGGCAGCAUUCAAAGCAGUGAAGAAAGCCCAAGUCACCCAGUGUUUGCAGAUGAGGCCAGCAUAAGUGAAGAUACACGCAGCAUGUCGAGCUUGGCGUCAACUGGCAAGACAAGAAAGGAGAUCUCUCCCAUGUAUAGCUAUGUGGCUCUAUACAAGUUUCUACCUCAAGAGAUCAAUGAUCUUCCACUGCAGCCCGGUGACAGAGUUAUGGUGAUGGAUGACUCUAGCGAGGAUUGGUGGAAGGGAAAAUGUUGUGACCGGACUGGUUUCUUUCCGGCAAACUUUGUGCAGAGGGUCCGGCUGGGGGAGACAGUGUGGAAGAGCAUAACGACUUUCCAAGGAGUCAAAGAACAAGGCCAGCUUAGCCUGAAAGAAGGACAAGUCUGUGUGGGAGUUGAGAAGCUAGAUUCGGAAGGCCUCAUUAGAGUGUCCAGUGGAAAGAAAAGAGGCUUGGUGCCUCAGGACUGUCUGGUUGAGAUCUGAGUGGGCGUCCUUGCUCUAGCACAGAAAUUGCUGCUCCCUGACUGAGUUCACAGACUCCAUGUAAUAAGCAAUAAGACAUUCAGGGCGCUCUGAUCAAACUGUGUGGGAUGAUAACGUUGGGACAACCCACCUCCUGCCUUGGUAACUCCGGCAGAACCUUUACAUGCUGCAUCGAGCCUCUUCCACAAUGUAUAUAGAUAUGCAAGUAUAUAAAUGUGUACUUUGCAAUAUGUCCACUCUGGGUGUCUGUGACAUCAUCAGUCAAGGCCAUCUCUUCAGGGAAAGUCGCUCAGUGACCCCAUGCCAG